CUGGAUACCGUGUGUGUGUCCGUGCGUGAUCCGCCGACGUGUCCAGGGUCACCACUAAUGUGGAUCGGAUGCUUUCCACCCUCACAGCUGUCAUUACUCUCGUCUGUCCACGCGUUAUCGUGCUAUCAUUCCCUCUCUAAACAAACCGCCGUUAAUGGGAAGUGAUUAAAAUCACAUCUGAAGAAUCGGACCUAUUGAUUUUGGACUCGAUUUCACAUCCAACGGAAGGAAACUCGGCGGCGCUUUCACCGGAGCUUGAUCUGUAUACCGAGUCUAAAUCAAUCCACUGAGCUCGGUGUGUCGGUGUGUGUGUGUGUGUGUGUGUGUGUGUGUGUGUGUGUUUGCCUGUGAUCUGUCUGCUCAACUUGCUCCUCACAUCUGGGAAUCUAAGACUUCUCACGUUUAUUUAGAUAUGUGGAGAUUCACGUAAGGAUGGAUGGAAUUAUCAGCGUUUUGGGGCUCAUCACGCUCAUCCUGGACGGCAUUUCGUGCCAAGGAGUCUACGCUCCCCCUUCUGUCAGGAUCGUGCACUCAGGACAUGCAUGUAAUGUGGAGGAGGAACGCUACACAGAAAGGGUGUACACUAUUCGUGAGGGUGAAACCCUGGAACUCACCUGCCUAGUAACUGGACAUCCCCGGCCACAGAUUCGAUGGACUAAGACAGCUGGCAGCGUGUCGGACCGCUUCCAGGAUUCGAGUGUCUUUAAUGAGACCCUUCACAUCGCUGAGAUCCAAAGGCACCAAGGUGGACGCUACUACUGCAAGGCGGAAAAUGGUCUUGGCUCACCAGCGAUUAAGUCCAUCAGAGUGGACGUGUACUAUCUGGAUGACCCAGUGGUUACCGUCCAUCAGAGUAUCGGAGAAGCUAAAGAGCAGUUCUACUACGAGAGGACUGUCUUCCUGCGCUGUGUGGCCAACUCCAACCCUCCGGUGCGUUACAGCUGGCACCGGGGCCGAGACGUGCUGUCUCAGGGUUCGGAUAAGGGUGUGGAGAUCUACGAGCCCUUCUUCACACAGCUGCAGGGGGAAACUAAGAUCUUGAAGCUGAAGAACCUGAGGCCCAAGGACUACGCCAACUACAGCUGCAUCGCCUCUGUCCGGAAUGUGUGCGGCAUCCCCGACCGCCGGGUCAUCUUCAGACUCACUAACAAAACAGCUUCACCAUCUAUCAAGCUUCUGGUGGAGGAUCCAAUUGUGGUGAAUCCCGGACAGACGGUUUCUCUGGUUUGCAUUGCAACGGGUGGUGAACCACCUCCGGUCCUGACGUGGAUCAGCAGUUCUGAGCACCUCCCUGAGAAAAGCGUGGUGAAGGACGGGACGCUUACUUUACCAGCCAUCUCAUCGGAGGAUGCGGGGGUCUACAGCUGCAUCGCUAGCAACAAUGUAGGAAACCCAGCCAAGAAGUCUACAACCAUCAUUGUACGAGCCCUGAGAAAAGGUCGCUUCUGGAUCACACCUGACCCGUACCACAACGACGACAACAUCCAGAUCGGCCGCGAGGUGAAAAUCUCGUGUCAGGUGGAGGCGACGCCCCCUGAGGAGCUGCAGUUCAGCUGGCUGAAGAAUGGUCGAUCCCUUCGCAGCUCUGAGCGCAUGGUCAUAACCCAGACUGAUCCAGACAUCUCCCCAGGAACCACCAACCUUGACAUAAUUGAUCUGAAAUUCACCGACUUUGGCACUUACACCUGUGUGGCAUCGCUCCGAGGCGGGGGCAUUCCGGAGAUCAGCAUCGAUGUCAACAUCUCAUCUACCACUGUUCCCCCCAACCUGACCGUGCCACGGGGAAAAUCCCCACUGGUGGUGCGGGAGGGAGAGACGGUGGAGCUGGAGUGCCUUGUUUCAGGAAAGCCCAAGCCCAUCAUCCUGUGGUCGCGGGCAGAUAAGGAGGUGCCGAUGCCGGAUGGGAGCAUGCAGAUGGAAAGCUAUGACGGGGUACUACGCAUCGUCAACGUGUCCCGCGAGAUAAGCGGCUCCUACCGCUGCCAGACCAGCCAGUACAACGGCUUCAACGUCAAGUCCCGGGAAGCCUUGGUGGAGCUCAUAGUACAGUACCCUCCAGCCGUGGAGCCAGUCUCACUGGAGGUUCGUCAGGGCCUGGGCCGGCCGGUGGUGCUGACCUGCCGUGUACUGCGUGCCCACCCAUCACGAGUGCUACGGUUCGAGUGGCGUCUAGGCUUCCGGCUCCUGCAUGCGGGUCACUUCGACGAGCGUGAUGAGACAGAGUAUUCGAUACACAGCCUCACCCAUGACGGCUAUGGAGAGUACACGUGUGACAUCAUCAACGAGGCUGGAGCUGGACGUUGCAGUUUUCGGGUUACUGGUAAAGCUUAUCCUCCAGAGUUUUACUACGACACUUACAGCCCACUGUGGCAGAAUCGACCACGUGUUUAUGGCUUCAAGCUACAAUGGACUCAGAUGAACCCUGAUACAGUAGACCCCAUCGUGGCUUAUCGACUCGGCAUACGACAGGCUGGUCAGCAGAGGUGGUGGGAGCAGGAGAUCCCUGUUGAUAUUCAAAUACAGAAAGGGGAGUUAAUCACCUAUAAUCUAACAGAGCUCAUCAAGCCUGAAGCCUACGAGGUGCGUCUCACCCCCAUCACCAGCUUGGGCGAAGGAGACUCCGCCAUCAGGAUGGUCACCUACAGUGCUCCCAUCAAUCCACAUCUAAGGGAGUUUCAGUGCAGUUUUGAGGAGGAGCCCAUCUGCAUGUUCACUCAGGACAAGAAUGACAAUUUUGAUUGGACCAGACACAGCGCAGCCACACGGGACACCAAAUACACUCCAAACACCGGGCCCAGUGCAGACCGCAGCGGCGCAAAACAAGGUUUCUAUAUGUACAUCGAGACCUCCAGACCUCGUAAAGAGGGAGACACAGCCAGGUUGCUGAGCCCCACCUUUAACGUGGCACCCAAAAAUCCCUAUGGCAUCACCAACCCUCCAGCAUACUGCUUCAGCUUUUAUUACCACAUGUAUGGAAAACACAUCGGCUCUCUGAAAACGUUCAUGAAGCAGAAAGGCCUGUCCACGUCAGAUGCUAGUCCAGUCUGGUCACUUAGUGGGAACCAGGGCGAUCGGUGGAAACAAGCCAAGUUCAGCAUCCACCCUACCACUUCCUUCCAGGUCAUUUUUGAAGGCGUCCGUGGUCCAGGAAUCGAGGGAGACAUUGCAAUUGAUGAUGUCACCCUGGAGGAGGGGGAGUGUCCCGACCCUCCGUCCAACCAUAUCAGAUCAGCGGCUCCAUUCAGAGUGUCUCAUAUAUGGCUGCUGUGCCUCGCUCAGGCUUUCUCACUGUUUCAAGCUAACAGGUGACCUCCCGGCUGAGCCAAGUCUAGCGACAGUGUCUAAGUCUGUGACUCCGUACCCUCAAUAUUAUCACCAAAGAUUCACAAUCAGACUGCUGAGAGGGACACAGCACUGUCUCACCAUGGAUUAUCUGAAAUAAAAUCAUGAAAAAUGUCAAAUAAAAACAACGGAACACAAAAAAGUA